ACUAUGUGUCGCGCAGAAGGAGGCUCAGUCAGCAGGGAUUGUGUCGCUGAAUGAGGUGGGAAGGAGCAUGAAGAACAGGGGACGGACGGAGAGGGGUUGUAUGGCUGGGGGAGGAGUGGGGCUCCUGCACGGUGCGGUCUGGCUCGGACCCUGGCCGGCCUCUUUUUCUUCGCACCUGGGCGGACUCUCAGCUGAAUCAUGGAAUCAUAGAAAUGAAGGUUUAGAAAGGGACCUCAAGAAGUCAUCUAGUCCAUUCCCCUGCGCUGAGGCAACAGUAAAUACAUCUAACCCGUAUCUGGCAGAUGUUUAUGUAAGCUGCUCCUAAAAACCGUCAAAGACAGGGAUUCCACGAUCUCCCAAGAUCAAUUCUCCAAUUUAUCAAGAUCAUUUUGAAUUCUAACCCUGCCCUCCAAAGUGCCUGCAACCACUCUGAGCUUGGUGUCAUUUGCAAUCCUUUUAAGUGUUCUCUCUACUCCAACAUCCAAGUGAUCAAUGGAAAUACAGAAUAAUAUUGGACCCAGGAUAGUCUUCUGCAGGCUCCCAUGUUAAAAACUAGUUCAGCUGCACCCACUGCUGACACCUGUUGACAACAAGCAAAUUUUGUAAUGUGAACAAGGCAGGGAGAUGCUACUAGAAAAUAGUCAUAUUUCCUUUGAUAUGGAGAUGACUGUAUCCAGCUCAAUACUCUGUUGUAACGUGAGAUCGUUGUUCUUGAGUCAGUUUAAUUAUGUCCUGUUUCAUUAUUUUAUUUUCUGUUACUCAAGGAAAAUUAGUUUAGCUUUCUUAUAGAAGGAAAUGUUUGCUUGUUGACCCAAUUUCUUGUUUACUGGUACAAUUCCACAGGUGUGGAAAUCUCUCUCAAUAUCAGAUCCCAGACUCAGAUCAGUUUCGUUUUGCUUCUCAUGCAUUUUGCUAUGCUUUGCAGGAUUCAUGUUUUCUUUCCAGUGCUGUUAGUUCUGUUUAAUCAACCCCACCAGCCAGAAUUGUGCAGCAUGCUGUGGUCCUGAGAAGCAGAAUGUCUGUUUCCCAUCGAUAUAGAAAUAUGUCUGUGCCCAUGAACAGAGGCAGGGAAGAGGGUUGUGGUUUUUUUUGUUUUUUUGGCAAAGGGUUGAAGAAAUAUGGAUGAAGCUGGGAAAAUAAGAAGCUAGAGAGAGGCAACAUCCAAAAAUAGAAAUUUCUUGAACAUUGAGAGUUAAGAAUUAUUUAGAGGAAAAAAUAAAAUUUAAGUACUGAACAUUGUGUAAGAUCUAGAAUGAGAGAAAACAGAAAAAGAGGAAGGAAAAUAUACACCAAGCCAUAACAUGUAAGGAAAAAAAAUGUAAAGGAAGCAAGAUGAAAAGAAGAAAUCAUAAGUAAAUUUUAUAAAAAUGAAAUGGAGUGUAAUGGGAAAAUUUGACUAAGCUACACCCAAACAAUAUUGAUUUUAUAUGUUUGAACCAAACAGACUAAGUUUUAGUUUUGUUUUUUUAAUAUCCUUCCCACAGCAAUGUCAGUGCACAGAAUGGACACCAGUCUCUUCCAUUCCUCUCCGUUAUUUGCCGCUGCUUCCAUUUGCUCUGUGGACUUGAGAUCAACUAUUCUGCCCUUCCUGGUAAAGAUUCUUUUUAAGGUUUCUCUUGGCACCUUUGUUUCUUCUUACCAGGUGAUCUCCACUUGAUGACUUCAUAUGAGAGUCUGUGUUGGCAUCUGGAGUACAUGCUGCAACUAUGCUGAGAGCUUCCAUCUCAUUCUGUUGGAAACAGUCUACUUGUUGGUGAUUUUCUUGGAUUUCUUCAUUGGUGAUGAAGUCUUUCCAACCAAUGAGCACAAUCUUUUGUAAGCACUUAUUUCUGAAGGCAUCUAACAUUUCUGUCUAACAUUUUAGUAGCUCUCCAGCUCUCGCAGCUGUAUGUUAGCACUGAGAUUACAUUUGAUCUGGUUCUGUAUAUCUUUUGACUUCCAUAUUUUUUGAGUUUAGAAAAUGCUAUGGAUAUCUUUCCUGUCCUAGAUGUUGCUUCCUUCUUGAGAUCUCCGUUGACUAAUAGGAUGCUGCCCAGAUAGAUGAAUUGUUCUACUCUCCAUGUCUGAGUUUCAAGGAUGUUUGUUUUAGUAAAACUAAUUAUGACCCCUGCUCGGCAUACUAUUUUUGCCAAGUUCUGUCUUUGUAACUUUUCAGGGAUAUUUCUCAGUAGCGCAAUAUCAAUAGCAAAGCCUAGGUCUUCUAGGCAUUUGCCUUCUACUCAUGCUAUAUCAGUGUGUGUGUUGCUAAUACACUUCUUCUUUAUCCAGUCUGUGGCAUUAUCAAACAACAGUGAAGAUAAAAUGCAGACGUGUUUUAUGCCAGACUCCACAUUGAACCACUCUUUGUCUGGUUGAUAAACCUUAGCGAGCAAUUUGCAUCUCUGUACAUGGCCUUGACGAUACUGACAACUUGAAUGGGAUUCUGUAGGACUCAAGAAUAUUCCACAAUGUAUGUCUGUGCAGGCUGUCAAAUACCUUUUGAAAAAUUAAUGAAGAGGGGAACUUGCCAUUCUAUACAUGCUUCUGUGACAGUCCUUAAUGUGAAUAUUUGAUCUACAUAGGAUCUCUUGGCCCUUAAUCCAGCCUGUUCUCUAAGCUUUGUAUCUUCUGCCACUUUUGUCCUGUGUUGUAUCACACUGCAGAUGGCUUUCCCUACAACAGAGAGUAAUGUAACUUCUCUCCAGUUGUAAGAUCACACUUUUUGCAUAUUCUGACAAUGAUUCCAUGUUUCCACUGGUCAGGAGGGGUCUCUUUUCCCCAAAUUUAAUUGAACAGUUGGGGGGUGACAGCAGAUAUCCUUCUUGUGGAGCCCCUGUUGUAGAGUUUCAACAGCAUAUUGCAGGCAUAUGGUAGUUUCAUCAUGUUACAAACGAGGAUGUCAGGUACCAGACCAGCCAGCCUCUACCCUCUUCUCAAGUGAUUCAACACAGGCUCGGAUGGCAUACAUCUGCUCUGUAUGUUGGAGUCCAUACCAGCCCACAAGUUUUAUGCAUUAGAUCCAACAAAAGCUGGAUGAAGACCUUGCAGAUGGCCUCACACGUACUGGAGGGAUGUUGUGGCUUCCAACCUGGUCUACAUUGGCCUUUUUAUAGAACAGGCCGCAACGUUGGCAGGAGACUGGGCUCUCUGGAAAUGGGUGACCCAAAGUGUGCACUCUACACUUCACAUGCAAGAGAAUUAAUGAAAUGAAUGCAUUGAAAAGCUCUGUCAAUUUUGUUAUGCUGGAGAUAUCUCCCUCCACUUUGUUACCUUUCAGCUUUUUGAUUGCAGCAUGUACUUCUGACAUCUCUAUUGGACCGAUGUUAAUGUCAAGCUGGUCUGGCUCACAUGUUUCAUCAAAGUCUGGUGCUGAGAUGGGCCUGGGUCUAUUGAGGACAUUUCUGAUAUGCUCUGCCCCUCCAUUUUUCUGUUCUACCUCAGUUGUUGUCUCUCUAAGUUAGGGAUGAAGUACACUGAUUGGACAGAAUGAAGAAGCUCGCGCUGUUGCUGCCUGUGUGGUACCUUUCUGAGGUUAUCUGAGAUGGUGUAUUGAAGAACUAAGUUUUCCAGGAUGAACAAAGUAAAAACAACAUCUGAGAAAAGUCUUACUAACAAUUCUCGGAUUGUGGGUCUGCUGGCACAGCUGGAGAAGAUCAAUUCAGAAUCUUUGUUGGUAGAAGCAGACACUGCCAGAUAUGUUACGUCAAAGAUCCUCCAUCUGGCUCAGAGUCAAGAAAAAACCAGGAAGGAAAUGACUGCCAAAGGUUCCCCAGCAAUAGAAGUUAUCCUCUCAACAUUAGAGAAUACAAGAGAUCUUCAGACUACUCUAAAUAUAUUAAAUAUCCUCAUUGAAUUGGUGUCAGUUGGUGGUGGUCGGAAAGCAAGUGUCUUAGUUUCUAAAGGAGGGACUCAGAUCUUGUUGCAGUUACUUUUGAGUGCCAGCAAAGACUCCCCACCAAAUGAGGAGUUAAUGGUGCAGCUUCAUUUUCUUCUUGCAAAAAUUGGUCCAAAAGAUAAAAAAUUUGGAGUAAAAGCUAGAAUCAGCGGCACUCUAAACAUAUCUCUGAAUUUGGUGAAACAGAAUUUGCAGAACCACAGGUUAAUACUGCCAUGUCUUCAAGUACUAAGAGUAUACUCAGCCAACUCUGUAAAUGCGGUAUCCUUGGGGAAAAAUGGAGUUGUGGAACUGAUGUUCAAGAUCAUUGGCCCUUUUAGUAAAAAGAAUACUGGCCUUAUGAAGGUUGCUUUAGACACACUUGCUGCAUUGCUAAAAUCAAAAACGAAUGCCAGGAGAGCGGUAGACAGAGGAUAUGUCCAUGUGCUUUUAACAAUUUAUGUAGACUGGCACCGUCAUGAUAGUCGACACAGACACAUGCUGAUCCGUAAAGGAAUCUUACAGUGUAUUAAAAGUGUUACAAAUAUCAAGUUGGGAAGGAAAGCAUUUAUUGAUGCCAAUGGGAUGAAAAUUCUUUACAACACUUCCCAAGAUUGCCUUGCUGUGAGAACUCUUGAUCCUCUAGUAAACACAUCAAGUUUAAUAAUGAGAAAAUGUUUUCCUAAAAACCGUCUUCCACUACCAACUAUUAAAAGUACUUUUCAUUUCCAACUACCAGUUAUCCCUAUUAGUGGUCCUGUGGCUCAGAUGUACAGUUUGCCUCCUGAAGUGGAUGACGUAGUAGAUGAAAGUGAUGACAAUGAUGACAUCGAAACAGAAAGUGAGAUUGAAAAUGAAAAUGAAGAUAAGGACCAACUCUUUAAGAACGAUGAUAUAGAGACUGAUAUUAACAAACUGAAACCAAGGCAAGAAUUGGGACGACCCAUAGAAGAACUAAAAAUGUAUGAACAAUUUUUCCCAGAACUUGCAGAUAACUUUAAGGACUAUGACUUAGUCUCCAAGGAACCAAAGCCUUUUGCAUCUGAUGCAAAUCUAGGUGGACCUAUUGUUGUUCCUACGGCAGGAGAGGAGCAGUCUGUAGAAGCAAAUCACUCAGUCAAGGGAAUUACUAUGAAAGAGAGCAAUCACUUGCAAGCAGGGGAGUGUAAUAAAAGGCCAGCCUUUUUGGAUUUGCCAAAGAAAGAUAGCAACAAAGACAAUAUACAGCAGCAAAGUGAUCAAAAGAAACUGCUUUCGUCAUGCCAGUGCCUAAGUUAUGAAAUAGUGAAAGGCUUGGACAGGAUCACUCUGCAGAAUACUUCAAAAAAUGAACAGUAUUACAAAACAGGGUGUGUAACGAAGAAAGAAAGCAAAACUAGCCUUACCUCACUCACUUGUAAUAAACCUUGCCAGCAUGUUUCAUCUUGUGGAAGUGUUCUGUUUGAGGGACGAUCUGUCCAGCUGGGAAAGCUGUGCUUCACGGGUGUUGAUCCUGAGGAAGAGGAUGAUUCCAGCUCGCAUUCAUCAGGGGAGCAAGUGAUGCUUGAGGUUCCUGAUAUAUUGCCACUCCAUGACCCUGAUCUUUAUAUUGAGAUUGUGAAAAACACAAAGUCUGUUCCUGAAUAUUCAGAAGUGGCUUACCCAGAUUACUUUGGUCACAUUCCACCUCCAUUUAAGGAGCCUAUUUUAGAAAGACCUUAUGGUGUGCAGAGGACAAAAAUAUCCCAAGAUAUUGAAAGACUGAUCCAUCAGAAUGAUAUUAUAGACAGAAUCAUGUAUGACCUUGAUAAUCCCAGUUAUUCAGUGCCAGAAGAGGGGGAGUUUUUGAAGUUCAACUCCAAAUUUGAGUCUGGAAAUCUGCGCAAAGUUAUUCAAAUUAGAAAAAACGAGUAUGAUCUCAUUCUGAACUCAGAUAUAAACAGCAAUCACUAUCACCAAUGGUUUUAUUUUGAAGUCAGUGGAAUGCGGCCAGGCAUUGGUUACCGGUUUAACAUCAUCAACUGUGAAAAGUCGAACAGUCAGUUUAAUUAUGGUAUGCAGCCCCUCAUGUAUUCUGUUCAGGAGGCGUUAAAUUCCAGGCCAUGGUGGACUCGUGUUGGGACAGAUAUUUGUUACUACAAGAAUCACUUUGCUAGAAGUUCAAUUGCUGCUGGUGGUCAGAAAGGAAAAUCCUAUUACACAAUUACAUUCACCGUGAACUUCCCACACAAGGAUGAUGUCUGCUACUUUGCUUACCACUAUCCAUACACGUAUUCAACUUUAAGGAUGCAUCUUCAGAAAUUGGAAUCCAUGCACAACCCUCAGCAGAUCUAUUUUCGACAAGAUAUGCUGUGUGAGACCCUGUCUGGAAACAGCUGCCCUUUAGUCACUAUCACAGCCAUGCCAGAGUCGAAUUACUAUGAACAUAUCUGUCAGUUCAGGAAUCGUCCUUACAUUUUCUUAUCUGCUCGUGUACAUCCUGGAGAGACUAAUGCAAGCUGGGUUAUGAAGGGAACGUUGGAAUAUCUUAUGAGUAACAACCCCACUGCCCAGAGUUUACGAGAAUCGUAUAUUUUUAAAAUUGUCCCUAUGCUCAACCCAGAUGGUGUCAUCAAUGGAAACCAUCGCUGUUCUUUAAGUGGGGAGGAUUUGAACAGACAGUGGCAAAACCCAAACCCAGACCUUCAUCCCACAAUUUACCAUGCCAAGGGCUUACUACAAUAUUUGGCUGCUAUAAAACAUUUGCCUCUGGUUUACUGUGAUUAUCAUGGUCAUUCUCGUAAAAAGAAUGUAUUCAUGUAUGGCUGCAGCAUCAAAGAGACAGUGUGGCACACUAAUGUUAGCGCUGCCUCUUGUGACCUGAUUGAGGACCUUGGUUAUAGGACUCUUCCUAAGAUUCUCAGUCAGAUUGCCCCAACAUUCAGCAUGAGCAGCUGCAGUUUUGUAGUGGAAAAAUCCAAGGAAUCGACAGCACGUGUAGUUGUCUGGAGAGAGAUAGGAGUACAAAGGAGCUACACAAUGGAGAGCACGUUAUGUGGCUGCGAUCAGGGCAAAUAUAAGGGGUUACAGAUAGGGACACGAGAACUGGAAGAGAUGGGAGCCAAAUUCUGUGUUGGCUUACUGCGUUUGAAAAGACUGACCUCUCCACUGGAAUUCAGUCUGCCUUCUAGCCUCCUUGACAUUGAAAAUGAGUUGAUUGAAUCAAGCUGUAAAGUAACAAGCCCCACUACAUAUGUUCUAGAUGAAGAUGAGCCUCGCUUCCUUGAAGAAGUUGAUUACAGUGCAGAGAGUAAUGAUGAGCAAGACAUUGAAUUGGCUGAUAAUGCAGGCGAUUAUGAACCCUCUGUUCCAGAAGAGGGGCUUUCUGACUCCGAAAUGACAAGGACACACCUGCCUUGAGCCAUCUUUGUAGACUCAAAGAAGAAAAUGAAUAUCCUGGUUUUUAGUGGACAGGAAACAGGGAAGUAUCUGGCUCUCAAGAGGGUUGGCUCAAAGAGACAAAAGUAAUUGAAGCCAGUUUAGCUGAAAGACAAUAAAUGUGUUUCUGAUUUAUGAUAAUAUUGGCAUUUGUUUUAUUUAAGGAAUUCAGUGCCUUCAUUUGGCACUGAAUAUAUCAAACAAUUGCUUUACCAUUUCAUUUUCUACCAAAUAUUGUUGCAUGGCUUUUUGUGUCCUUACUCACCAACAAAUGGAUUAUAAAUUGUAGUGUCAGAUACAGAAAUUAAUAUUAAAAUGCCUUGUGGUACAGUCCUUUGAGUUUCUUCCUGAAAAAUACAUAUGUACAGGUUUUUUAUUAAUUUGUGUGUUUAUUGAGGUUGAGGUUUUUCUUUAGAAUUAUGUUAAAUGCUCGAUUUUUUUUGAAGUAAUGCGGAGCUUGCUUUGAAACAGUUUCAUUCUCUAGUUACUAAAUUAAACAAAAAUGAAAAUUUGAUCAAUUGUUGUGCUUGUUUCUUGAUCCUUUAAUACACUGAGAUUAUAAUUUUACAGCAGCCAUAAUCUAAAAUAUACAAUGACAUCUAACUUGCCCUUUUAAAAAAGAAGUUAUUCUUGCAAGAUUACUGUUAGUCCACUAGUCAGAAGUGUUUUAUGGUGGCUACUGCACCUGCACCUACUAUGAAUUGUAUGUUUGCAUAAAACUCUUCCCUGAGACACAUCAUCUCAGGUGAAGAGAGAGAUGUUCAUCUCCACAAUCAGUUAAUUUUUAGCUUUGGAAACAAGUUUACUCAGUGACAAGAAGUGGCUAAAUGUGUAUACUGUAUGUAUAUUUUUGCUAUGUAUUUUUUAGCAACUUAUUUAAUAUUCUUGUCAAAUUCUUGUAUUGUCAAAAUGAGUUCAUUUCAUUCUGGGCAUGUUUUUAAGGGGAAACGUGGUAUCCAUGUUGGUUUAGAGUCUUCCUGUGAGUCAAAGAUAGUCAUGUUGUGGGAAUGAACAAAGUCCUUUUGUACCUCCCCUACACCUCUACUGCCCCAUUUUUGCUUAGAAUAAGAUUUAAUGUGGAGCUGAAGUUACUGCCAAAUAUUUAUAAAACUGAAUUUUUGCUACAGCAAAAAGUUUAAUUAUCCUUGCUUGAUAUGACCCAGUUCUGACUCUUCUUUAUUUUUUUGAAAAAUGCUUGCAUAACAUAAGGGGACAUCUAAAAGCAUCAAGCAAUAUCUUUCCAUCCUGCAACAUUAAUUAAAGAGAUUUUUAAGUGUCAGCAAUGCAAAUGAAAUUGGUGUGUGUGUGUGUUUUGUUUUUCUUUUUUUAUUUGGUGCAUGAAGUAAAAACCAUAGAGAGCAAGAUGGCUCAGGGGAUCGUCAGUGGAAAUGUGAAAUCUUUUACCAAUAACUCAUUGGUUCAAAUCCAGUUUAGGUAGGUAGCAACAGACUAUGCCAUCUUGGUUUUGAAAUUGGGGUAGAGAGAGAAAUGCUGGCAUAUUUGCCGUUGAAAUAGUACUGGCAUGCUCUUAUGCUUAAAUUUUUAAAAAAAUUAAAUGAUCAGCCGGGAGAAGUAAGGGAAUGAUAGAACCACCUAUAUACUCUCUCCUCCAACUUUUUCUUUUUAAGGACUGACCAUGUUAAUUGUUCUGUGACCUAUAUUGAAUGAGUAGGCAGGCUCAGUCCACUCCCUGGUGAGCAGGUGUUCAGACAGCAAAGUGACCAUCACAAUUGGCACUUUUGGCAAUAACCAGAGACACCAGGGACUGAACCUGCUACUCUCUUAUCCCCUCUUAUCACUUAGAGGUCAUUCCUCUAGAUCAGGGUUGAGACACAUUAGCAGGGCAGUGUAGGGAAGCCCACUGUGUUGUACCCGUUCUGGGUAUAAAUAGUCCUCCAGUCUCUAGAACUCUUACUCUAGCACCUUUCAUAAGUAAUAAAUUCACUUAAAUUAACUUGCUGUAUUAACACAGCAAGUUAAUUAGCAUCUCUGUGUGUAGAUUGACUUAGUAGUAAUAUAGUAUCAGAGAGGUAGUCGUGUUAAUCUGUAUCCUCAAAAACAACGGAGUCGUCUGGUGGCACCUUUAAAGACUAACAGAUUUAUUUGGGCAUAAGCUUUCAUGGGUAAAAAACCCACCUCUUCAGAUGCAUGGAUGCUUAUGCCCAAAUAAAACUGUUAAUCUUUAAGGUGCCACCGGACUCGUAGUUGUUUUAGUAGUAGUAUAGAUUUCAACAUUUUAAUACUGUGGCCUGAUAACAUUAGGAAUGUAUUAAUUCAAUUUAAAGAACUCCAUAGUCUCAAUAGUGCAGUAUCCUUAAUGCCCUUGUGUAGAAGCUCUGUUUGGACUAGUGGUUCUGGAAGAUGAUCCAAAAGGAGUUAUGAAUGACUACCGAAUAAAUAUUUAUUCAGGGCGUUUGUUACAAACAGAUACUUAAAUACAAGUCUGAAAUGUAAAUACAACAAUGUUCAUUUCAAGCUAGGUUUUGAGAGGCUGAAUCCAUUGUGCAUGAGAAUUUCAAGAGCAUGUUUUAUAUACCGUACUGUACAUGGCUCAGUAUCUCGGUGCUAGUUAUGACAGAUGAAAUUCUAGUCUUAAUUCUAAAUUUUCUUGAUUUUUAUGACUCAAGGUCCUUGCAACAUAUUUUUGAUAUUACAUGAUAGCUUUAAUACAACCAUGACAGGUUCUUCAUAAGGAAAGAGGCUAUGCCUUUGCCUCCCUCCAAAAUAAUGAUGAGUUUUAGUAACAUAAGCAUUUGAUUUUGGUCGUGAUAUUUACUCUAUGCUUCUGAAGACUGAAUGCUUUGCAUUGCUAGAUAAUGAACUCCAGUAUUCCCCAUCCAGGUGUGAUACAGAGACUGUAACACAAACUUGAAAUUCUUCCUUCAGCAGUGACAUCUUUCCUUGAAUGUAAUGGAAGCAACCUUCUUCAUGUAAUGUAACUUUCAAAGAUUGCCAUUUAUGUCAAUUUGUAUGUGAUGGUUUUUGGAUGUGAAAUAUUGUGCAAGUCUAACUGAACAAAGAGAACCGGUGUUCGUUUCAAAUAAGGCAAUAGUAGCUGUAAAAACCUUCUUACAAAAUCAAAAUUCAGGUAUCAGAUACCUUUUCAUUGUAAUGCUGUACUAGACACAAUUGUGGCAGUAUUAUUGUGCAUGCCCAGAUAUAAAUAUAUUAAGAAAAUAUAUAAUAAAGGAAUCAUUAUAAUC